CGCAUCUGUUCCAGAGCUGGUCUGGUUUUUAAACGAGCAGCAGGACAGCUGACGUUCAGUUCACCGCCCGCAGAGCAUCGUCCGGUUCUCCUCGAGCUCUGAGUUCUCACGCUCCUCCCGGAUGACCGUGGCUCGGGAACAACCGAUAACUUACGCUAAGAUGAAGGGAAUUGUAACGUUUCUUUCAGCUCUGCUAAAGGGCAAGAAGGCUGGCUUCAGUGACUUCUUACACAAAGUUGUUUCUGGUCAGCAGCUUUGCCAACACUUGGACACCCAGAAACUUUUGCGGCGCCACAGCAAGCUGAGGAAGCAGAAGGAGGAGAGCGCUACCUUGAGCUCAGCAAACACAGAAACCUCUCAGAUGAGACCAUCAGACUUUGACUACCUCAAAGUUAUAGGCCAGGGAAGCUUUGGAAAGGUGCUGCUUGCAAGACACAGAAAACAAGGAGACUACUACGCAGUGAAGGUGCUGCAGAAGCAGAUGAUCAUAAAGAGGAGAGAGCAAAAGCACGUGAUGGUUGAAAGGAGCGUGCUGCUGAAGGGACUGCAGCACCCAUUCCUGGUGGGACUCCAUUUUUCUUUCCAGACGCCGAGUGCACUCUACUUUGUCCUCGACUACGUGAACGGAGGAGAGCUUUUCUACCAUUUACUGAAAGAUGGAUCCUUUCCAGAACCCAGAGCUGCUUUCUACGCUGCAGAAAUGGCUGCAGCACUCGGCUACCUCCACUCUCUUCACAUCGUUUACAGAGACCUGAAACCUGAAAACAUCCUUCUGGACAGAGAUGGUCAUGUGAUGAUAACAGACUUUGGUCUUUGUAAAGAAGGUGUGGCCAUAGGUGGGAUCAUGCUUACCAUCUGCGGCACUCCAGAGUAUCUUGCUCCUGAGGUCCUUAAAGGCCACCCCUAUAGCCCAGCUGUGGACUGGUGGGGACUCGGAGUUGUGCUUUUCGAGAUGAUUUGUGGACUGCCUCCGUUUUACAGCCACAGCAAGGUGGAGAUGUUGGAGAACAUCCUUUAUGCUCCUCUGCAGCUGCCCAGUGGCCUUUCUGCAAGUGCUGAGUCACUUCUACAAGGGCUGCUGGAGAGAGACGUCUCCAAGCGCCUCGGGCAGGAUCUCGAUGUCGAGGAGCUCAAAGAUCAUCCCUUCUUUGCCUUCAUCAACUGGGAUGACCUCGUAGCCAGAAGGGUUAAACCCCCAUUCGUCCCACAAGUGACCGGUCCAAGUGAUGUCAGCUACAUCGAUCCGGAGUUCACCCGGCUGCCCGUUCCUGCCUUCGUGAACGAGAGGGCUGAGGAUGCCAGAGCCAGAGAGGCCUUUCUGGGAUUCUCCUUCACGAAACCAGCAGAGUAUCUGGCAGCAGAGCCCAUUUCGUAACGAAUCCUCCGGGAGCGUGCUUGUUCAAAGAUGUAUUUUUCUUAUAUUAUUAAAUGUAUGUCUAUUUUUUCUUACUUGAACAAAAUAUUGAAACCCUGACAUUGCACUGUUCUGCAUGUUUCAUUGGUUGCACUUCAUUGAAUUGUUAACGCGAUUUAUUUAUUUUUAUUUCUAGUGUCGGUUCUUUUAUAUAGGAGUAUCUUUGUGUUGUUUCAAGAAUCUUUAUUUUAAUAAAAACCCAGUCAGAUGUACUUUUAUUUAUAUUUAAACUUUGUAUAAAAGUUCUAUGGUUGAUAUGAAACAUGUCAUAAAGUUCUUUACACUGAA